CAGCCCUCCAAUAACCAACUGAGCAGCCACCAUGCACUUCCCUCUAGCUCUGUCUCUGCUGCCCCUGGCUACCCACGCCAUCAACAUCAUCUCCUCCAACGACGAUGGCUGGGCCGAGAUCAACAUCCGCACCCUCUACGACUCCCUCACCGCUGCUGGCCACUCGGUGGUCCUGUCGGCCCCGGCGGAGAACGAGAGCGGAACAGGCUCCGACGAUGCCACUCCCACCACCCUGACCGAGGCCUGCGAGUUCGACAGCUGCCCCUCGGGCAGUCCCGCCGAGGGCUACAACGCCUCGCAGCCGCGCUGGAACUACGUCAACUCGUACCCGGUCACCUCGAUCAAGUACGGGAUCAACACCCUGUCGCCCGAGUACUUCGACGGCGCGCCCGCCCUCGCCGUCACCGGGCCCAACGUGGGCACCAACCUGGGACUGGACGUGUUCUUCUCCGGCACGGUCGGCGCGGCCACCUACGCCGCGGAGGUGGGCAUCCCCGCGAUCGCAUUCUCCGGCGACACGGGGUCCCAGACGGCGUGGGACGUGACGACCCCGACGUACAGCACCGUGUACGCGGAGCUGGCGACCAAGGUCACCGACGAGCUGGUCGCGGCGGGCACGCCCUACCUGCCGGACGAGAUCUGGCUGAACGUGAACUUCGGCGCGGUGGGCGACUCGACGUGCACCAGCGCGGACGACUUCAAGUUCGUCCUGUCGCGCAUCUUCACCGCCAUCCCGCUGCUGACGCCGGCGGACGUCGAGACCUGCGGCAGCACGCGGCUGCCGACGGAGACGAAGGUGGUGGACUCGGACGGCUGCUACGCCAGCAUCUCGGUGGGGUUGGCGAGCGAUAAGCUGGACGCGAACGCGACGAUGCAGGCGGUGGUUCUGGACAAGCUGUCGGGAUUGUUGACCUGCUUGGAGUGAGAUCGGUAGAUAGCGACGUCAAUGGAAAUGGAAAUGGGAUGGAAUGGGGAUGUCUCUCCCGCUGUCUCGGACGUAGAUUACAUCCCCCCACUAUCACGAUAUUUUAGUCUCCGCGUCAGCCCUAAGUCGCAAGUACGCGUGAUCCAACCACACCCCGUCAUUGGAG